AUGCGCCAGGCAAGUUUCACAGUUGGCAGGGCCCUGCCAGCAAUUCUGCGGCAGCGACACGCAGUUUCCAAAGUGGACAUAAGCAGAAACCGCGGCAGGCCGCACGACACUGGCUACGCGCACGAUCACAUUCAGAGGGCGACCAUUGGCGAGCUAAUCUCUGAGUCUACGGGUACUUUCCUACGCCAUAUCAACGUACUCGAUAAGCCUGCCGAUCCAUCGGCCGCUACUGUCACCGACUUCACUGCCCAGGGACUCGGACCUGCAUUUCGACCCUCAGCUGAUGGGAACAGCGUCACAUCGGAAAAAGGCGCGCUCUGCAUUCUUUCAGGGGCACAACACGAGCCUCUUGAUGAGAUGACGAGCCGAACUUAUCCAGUACCCUUCGUCGCGAAAUCGACGCUUGUCGAGAAAGGGAGCAUAUCCGAUGUGCCCCAAGUCGAGAGCCACGUUGUUGCACAGGCUUUCGACGACGACCCUACGACCUUUUUUACCCACUGA